AGGUCUCACCUGCAACCACCUGCUGCAACCGGGUAAUUCUGAACACCUGUUGAAGCACGGACUCUGAACUCUAGAUUGACAGGCAGGGGUGGGGAAAAGAGACUAGGAAUCUGAAUUGUAGGAGAGUAUUUUAGGGGAUCUUGUGCAUACUAGAUUUGGGAGUCAGGAGACAAAGCUGAUGGUGCUAAGUGUCCGGGUUUUUGUCCCUAGCUGUGUGUGCAAAGUGUUACUGCGGAACUGCUUCCUCCUAAAGGGACCUUCUGGAAAUUUCUCUGGACACCAGUGGUCAUUGAUAAACCCAGUGGUCCUGGAGCUUUCCAGGUUUCCAAGCAGGUUGAUUUCAAGAUAACAUGUCGGCUCCAGUGAAAGAAAGCCUUCAGCUUCAGCUGCUGGAGAUGGAGAUGCUGUUUUCUAUGUUUCCCAACCAAGGAGAAGUAAAACUGGAAGAUGUAAAUGUCUUGAGGAAUGUAAAGAGGUAUCUGGAAGGCACAAGAGAGGCGCUACCACCAAAUAUCGAAUUUGUGAUUACGCUUCAGCUCGAGGAGCCCAAGGUGACAAUUGAUUUGCAAGUUACCAUGCCUCACAGCUACCCCUACGCAGCAUUAGAGCUGUUUGGACGGUCAUCUGAACUUGACAGACAACAGCAGCUACUUCUCAACAACAGUCUCACUUCUUACAUAGGUACUUUUGAUCCAGGUGAACUCUGUGUAUGUGCAGCGAUCCAGUGGCUACAGGACAACAGUGCAUCCUAUUUCCUGAACAGAAAGCUCACAUAUGAACCAUCUACACAAACAAAGCCAGUCAAGAACACAUUCCUCCGAAUGUGGAUCUACAGUCACCACAUAUAUCAGCAGGACCUAAGGAAAAAGAUUUUGGAAGUGGGGAAAAGGUUAGAUGUGACAGGAUUUUGCAUGACAGGAAAGCCUGGAAUAAUCUGUGUGGAGGGUUUUAAGGAUCACUGUGAGGAGUUCUGGCACACAAUUAGAUACCCCAAUUGGAAGCACAUUUCCUGUAAGCAUGCCGAGAGCAUGGAGACAGAGGGAAAUGGUGAGGACCUGCGCCUUUUCCACUCUUUUGAAGAAUUACUUCUUGAGGCCCAUGGUGACUAUGGACUGAGGAAUGAUUAUCACAUGAAUCUGGGCCAGUUCCUAGAGUUUCUCAGAAAGCACAAAAGUGAGCAUGUUUUUCAGAUAUUAUUUGGUAUUGAAAGCAAAAGUUCAGGGUCCUAGGAAUCUAUUAAGAGGCCUAUACCUAUAAUUUCACUAAGUUAUUUUUGUCAAUAAAACCAAAAUAAGAAGGCUGGUGGCUAUAUAGCAUCCUCAGUGAGAAACCUAGAUCCAGAAUUUUCCACUAAUGAAACAAAUAGGCCUUUCAACUUUGUAUCAGUGUGAAUGUGAUGUUACCCCUAGGUUGCUGUGUUGUCAUUUGAAUACUAUUUCAUUGAAAAUUAAUUUUAAAAA